UGCCGUCAUACACGUACACCUACACAACUCCUCUCAGAGGUUGUAGGGAGAUCAACAGUUUACAUUUUCAGACAGCCUGUGUGUUGAGGAGAUUUCUUCAUACCUCACUGUUUAGGUUGUCUUUUUUGUUGUUUAUAUCUACAUCUUUAGUUUAACAGAAGAUUGCAAAAUGAUUUUUUUUGGACUGUUGUUUUUUGUUCUGGCUUUAUCAAACUUCUGUACUAUCAAUAGCAGGCCAACGGGUGUCCACCUGCGUAACAUGGACAGCUUCAUCCGUGCUGUGCAGCAGGUUGAGGACUCCAACCCCGGUCUGUCCUCCCUGGCUUUGGUCAGGGCCUUGCGGAGGACCGCCGGCCACGACGAUGCAAUGACCAUCCACUUCCUGGGUGCUUCAUUUAAUCAUAGUGAUACUGAGGUCCUCGAGACAGCUAUCCUCAAUGCCUCGUCCUUCAGCUUUUUUGACAAGGCCAUUCACCACAUUGUGACAGAUUACGGAGAGGAACGAGGCGUGGUUCUCGCUCCAGAUGGCACCACGGUUGCCCUUGCACCCUUAUUGCUAGGAAUCGAAUCAGGACUGAAAGCUCAGACAGAGGCGACACCAGCUGUUGGUAUCUUCCCUCUCACCUUAGGCAGGACCCUGGGCCUGUCCUUCCUUAGCCUCCAGGAUUUUCCACCAUCUAGUCGCCUGGGGCCUAACGGAUGCUGGGACAGUGUGGACCACCCUAAGGUGUUCAAGCUGUCUAGACCUGCCACUCUGGCCACUGAUGCUGUUAUUAAUGCAGGCAUGGAUGGAGCUAUACUGGGCAUGGACCUCAGCAGUCUACCUGCAUCUGAACAGCCACCGGCCCUAAGUGAAAUUUUAAAAGGAUACUAUAGCUUUAUCCUGCAUGAGGGGCAGGGUCUUGAUGGUUUGUCCAGUCAUGUUAGCCCAAGACGGAGGGAGAUCUCCAGAUCCAUUCUGGAGCCCCUCGAUCUUCACAGCAAGGUGAUGGAGACGCUAGCAUUGGUCUGGAAAUUGGAGAAGACAGAAUGGAUUAGUCUGGACACAGGAGUCGGGAAGGCAGUGAAGGAUGGAUUGCAGGCAUUUGUACACAAAUACUGGGACUGCCCUCAGUUUAUCCCUCGCUGUCAGUGGGGGGCAAAGGCCCACAAGGGUACACCUAUCCCACUGUCUCUGCCCCUACAAUAUCUCUACGUUCAUCACACCUAUGAGCCAUCCUCGCCUUGUUUGUCCUUCCCAAACUGCUCUCGCAACAUGAGAGCCAUGCAGCGUUACCACCAGGAAGACCGUGGGUGGAAUGACAUUGGAUACAGCUUUGUGGUUGGCUCUGACGGCUACAUUUAUGAAGGCAGAGGUUGGAACCAACUUGGCCGACACACCAGGGGACACAAUGCCAUUGGGUAUGGCGUGUCAAUCAUUGGUAACUAUACUGCUACCCUGCCGUCUCGCCAUGCCAUGAACCUGCUGCGCCAUCGUCUAGUCCGCUGUGCGGUAGAUGGAGGAAGACUGGCUCCCAGCUUCACCAUCCAUGGCCACAGACAGAUGGUGAACUACACUGCCUGCCCUGGAGAUGCCCUCUUUUCAGAAAUAAGAAGCUGGGAGCACUUCAGGGAAACUGACUCUUCAAAAACAGAAGAAUGAAAGGACUGGCCCACUGUAAUAAAUAAAUGUUUCUAA